UUUGGGCUGGAGACACACAGACAGACAGACGGGUGGGUGUGUUACUGCCCUCUGCUGCUCCACACAGCCCGAUUAGGAGCUCGGUUUCCAGAGAGCUCUGUUAAAAGAUCACCAGGGAUGAUGAUCUUCAGCCACAUACAGCUCCUUCUGGCUGUCCUGCUCAGUCAAGUGCUCUGUGGUUUUACGGUGCAGGAGCUCCAGACUGAUCAUGAAACCAUCCUGAAGAUCAAUGCUGCAGGAGAAAUGAUGAAGUGCUCUGCUGCUAUGGAUGUCCUCUUUCUUAUGGAUGGCUCCUAUAGCGUUGGAAAGGGAGGUUUCGAGAGGUCUAGACACUGUGUUCUGAAACUGUGUGAAGCCUUGGACGUCGGCCCUGACACGGUGAGAGUGGGAGUUCUCGUGUUUGGCUCCAAUCCAAAGCUGGAGAUCUCUCUGGACUCCAAACACAGCAAGGAGGACCUGAGGAAGCGCAUCAAGAAAAUACAGUACAGAGGUGGAAGCACACAGACAGGCCUCGCUUUGAAGUAUGUGUUAAGGAAGGGUUUUCCUAAUAGAGGGAAUUCCACUGUUCCUCGCAUCGUCAUCCUCCUGACUGAUGGAAAGUCCCAAGGUGCUGUGCAGCUGGCUGCCUCUGAGCUCAAGCAGACUGGAGUCUCACUGUUUGCUGUUGGCGUUCGCUACCCCAGGUGGGAGGAGCUCCACUCUAUAGCCAGUGUUCCUGUGGAGAGUCAUGUGUUCUUUGCAGAGCACUUCAGUGAUGCUGUGAAUGGGUUGAUAACGUCCCUUUCCUCGUCUUCCUCCGUCUGUAUGGGCAUCCCCUCAGGCUGUAAGGUGGAGACUUAUGCGUGUGUGCGGAAAACUCUGGAGACUGUGAAAGAGCUGCAGGGAAACUUUAUGUGCUGGAAAGGAUCAAAAGGCUACUCACCAUACACCUCCUUAUGUCCGUUCUACAGGUACACCAAAGCUUACAAGACACUACCUGCAGUCUGUAACCGAACAGUGUGUUCAGAUCCGUGUGAUUCCCAGCCGUGUCAGAAUGGUGGGACGUGUGUGUCUGAAGGUCUGGAGAAAUAUCACUGCGAGUGUCCUUCAGGCUACGGCAGUGACCCCAACUGCGCUCCCAUGAUGUCUCUGGACUGCUCGGUGGAAGUGCUGUUCCUGGUGGAGAGCUCUACUGCACUGACUCUCGAAGGCUUCCUGCGCUUUAAAGCCUUUCUGAAGCGCUUCAUGCAGACCGUGAUGAGCUCAGACGCCCCAGUGAAGAUCGGCCUGGCCCAGUAUGGCAAAGAUGUGAAGCUGGAGACCCUGAUUGGGCAGCACAAAGAGCCGGUGAAGAUGAUGCGAGCCGUGGAUUCUCUGCAGUACCAGAAAGGAGAGGCCAAGACUGGAAAUGCUCUGCGUUAUGUCACACGCCAUGGCUUCCAGAGUGCUCCUGUCUUCGCUGAUGUUCAGGAUGAUCUACCACGGGUGGUAGUGCUGAUCACUGGGACGCCUUCUGCCGAUCCUGUUGUGGAGCCCUCUAAAUAUGCCCGAGACAGAGAGAUUUUCAUCAUUGGCGUGGCACCAGAGGGAAUGAAGGAGGAGAUCAACAACAUCACAGGAAACCCCCAACGCUCCAUCACUUACAGUACUCCUGACCGACUGAGCGCCAAGAUCCCUGAACUCAGAGCCAAAAUCUGCAGUGUGGACAAUCAGGGAUGUCUGGGUCAGUCAGUGGACCUGGUCUUCGUUCUGGACGCAUCAGCAAGAGUGGGCAAAGACAAUUUCAUCCACCUGCAGGACUUUGUGCGCAGUACCUCAGUCCAGUUUGACAUUAACAGAGAUGUGGCUCAGGUGGGGCUGGUGAUUUAUGGCCGACAGCCCGUCUCUGUUUUCGAGCUGGACACUCAUGACUCUGGCUCUGCCGUGCUCAGAGCAGUGGGGGAGGCGACCUAUCAAGGUGGGAGAGGCUCCACAGGCUCUGCACUGCUCCAUGUCCACUCUCGCAGCCUGACAAUGAGCAAGGGAGCACGGCCAGGGGUAAACAAGGUUGUGGUGGUGCUAACGGACGGAUCGGGGGCAGAGGACGCAGCGGUGCCAGCUCAGAAGCUCAGAGACAACGGUGUGUCUGUGUUUGUGAUCAGUACAGGAGAUGUGCAGAAAGACAACUUGCUUCGUAUCGCUGGCUCCGAGGAUCACGUGAUUACAGUGCCCUUCUAUGAGGAACUGAAGUACUUUGAGGAUGUGCUGGUGCAGAUGGUGUGUGCAGAUGUGAAGAAGCCAGUGAACCUGUGUAGGCCCAAUCCAUGUAUGAAUGAUGGCGUCUGCGUGCUGCUCAACAGGACUUAUCGCUGUGAAUGCCGAGGCUGGGAGGGCCCUCAUUGCGAGACACGAAGUAGACAGCAGCCCUCCAGAGGAGACCUCCCAAGACCUGCAGCACAGAGACGGCGCCACAGAAUGAGCAGCACAGAACUGCAGCAGCGCUACAAAGAGCACCGCAGGAGACAUGCUGCAAGACCCCAGUGAUGAGAACGUUUCCUUUGCUUGCUGCCAUGAUCGACAAAGGCCUGCUCUUCAGUGCUGUAGCUGAGUUUACAGGUGAGGAAUCUCCAUUGUUAACAGGUGCUGCUGGGGCAAGAGGAGCUGCCUUGGGCUGAAAAGAAAGAGAACAACUGGUCAGAAUCAUAUAUAUAUAUAUAUAUAUGCUGCAGAUAGACUGACAUCAUUCUGAAAUUAAAGGCAGAAAUUUACUUAAAAAUGUUGUUGGCACUUUUUAGACCUGCACUGUUAAAAUGUUUAACUAGUAGUAGUGUUUGAGGGCCAUACCCUGGUUGGCACACUGACCAAAGGCUGUGUCUCCAGUAGGCUGCUGUCUACUGUGGUGCCCAGAGUAAAGGGUCCUGCCUCCACCUUCCUCAAGUUGUCCUUCACCUCAACCAGGCUGAGCUCCACCUCCACCCGUCGACGCUCCGCCUCUCGACACGCCUCCUCCCUCUGUUUCAGAAACGCCUCCAGAGACGCUUGUUUAGAGGAGUCUAUUAAAGGCAACACAAUACCACUGUUCAUAUAAAACCCUUCAUGGAUAAAAUGUUUUAAUUGUCUUUAUAAAUUGAAUUAACAUAGGUCUAAAUAAAGCACAUUUGUUUCUAA